UUUUGCAGGGAAACUACAUUAGUGUAAUCUUUUCAGGUCAAACAUAUUGACUCUCCAAAGUCCAAACUCUAAGCUGCUUCUUGGUUCGAUUCCCUUACAAGUCACAUCACUUCUCUCAUGAAAUCUAUCUCCCGUUGCUGUUCACAAUUCUUUUCUGAUCACGAAUGUAUCGCGCAGAGAUGUCUCGUCUACAUGAUAUUAGCAAAACAAAAUUUAAUGACAUCUUCAUCACUCUACUACUGCUACUACUAUUUCUGUUGAUUAAUGCUCCAAGUACUACUGCAGCUGAUGAACCUAUCUAUUCACCAUUUUGCACUGGUACAAAGGUCACCUCCAACCGAACUUCUUUUGAAACCAACCGGAAAUUGCUCCUUAGUUCUCUACCUUCUCAUACUUCUCUUUCUGGUGGCUUCUACAACACAUCCGUUGGCAUACCUCCUGUCUUUGGGCUCGCACUUUGUCGAGGUGAUCUUACUCGAGAAGAGUGUCUGAAUUAUGUUAACAACGGAAGUAAACGACUUAUUGAUGAAUGCCCAAGUAGUUCAUCUGCAACAAUAUUUUAUGAAGUUUGCCAUGUAAGGUAUUCAGAUGUGAAUUUCUUCUCCGAGAUGGUAUAUGCUGCGAAAUAUCCAACACGGGGGAAUCUUAACAAUAAAAGCAGUAAUAACUCAAAUAAUUGGAAUAGCACCGAGCAAAAUAUAGUAGAUUCUAAAAUUUAUUCUCUUGUUCUUGAUAAAUUAAUAUCGGAAAUUGUAUCCGAGGCGCCUGAUUCUGGCAAGAUGUGCUCUGCUAAGGAAGCUAAUGUAGAAAGUACUAGCAUUAAGUUGUAUGGUCUUGGACAGUGAACUAGAGAUCUAUCUAAAGAUAAGUGUCAUCAAUGUCUAACACAAGCACAGGGAGAUAUUGCGACUGAUGACGGUAAUGAAGGAGGAUUCGUCGUUGAUAACAGCUCUAAUUUGCGAUAUGAACUGUAUCGAUUUCACCGUGUUCAACACCUGCCAGG